GGCCCGACAGAAGGUUUGGGAAAAAUAAUACAAAGAUUUCCUCAGAAGGACUGGGAAGACACUCCUUUUCCACAGGGAAUAGAGCUGUUUUGCCAGCCUGGAGGAUGGCAGCUUUCGAAAGAGAGAAAACAGCCAACGUUCUUUGUGGUGGUUUUGACCGAUAUAGACUCAGAGAGGCACUACUGUUCCUGCUUAACUUUCUAUGAAGCAGAGAUUAACCUGCAGGGAACAAAAGAAAUUGAAGGUGAAGAGGAGUCUGGUUUAAUUCCGCCUGCAGAAGUAUUUGCUCCUAAGAGUCUGGUAUUGGUGUCCAGACUAGACUAUCCAGAAAUUUUCAGGGCUUGCCUUGGCCUCAUCUAUACUGUGUAUGUGGACAGCCUGAACGUGUCACUGGAGACUCUCAUUGCAAAUCUGUGUUCAUGCCUUGUCCCUGCUUCUGGAGGGUCUCAGAAAUUGUUUUCUUUGGGAGCUGGAGACCGACAACUGAUACAGACUCCUCUGCAUGAUAGCCUUCCUGUUACAGGCACCAGUGUGGCUCUUCUCUUUCAGCAACUGGGAAUCCAAAAUGUACUCAGCUUAUUCUGUGCUGUGCUUACAGAAAAUAAAGUUCUCUUUCACUCCGCAAGUUUUCAGAGGCUCAGUGAUGCCUGUAGGGCUCUGGAGUCUUUGAUGUUUCCCCUCAAAUAUAGCUAUCCCUAUAUUCCAAUUCUUCCUGCACAGCUAUUGGAAGUUCUCAGCUCACCAACACCUUUCAUAAUUGGCGUACAUUCUGUCUUUCGCAAUGACAUUCAUGAGCUUUUAGAUGUAAUCAUAGCAGACCUGGAUGGAGGCACAAUUAAAAUUCCUGAAUGUAUUCAUCUUUCUCAGCUGCCAGAGCCACUGCUACAUCAGACUCAAAUGGCUCUUUCUCUAGUUUUGCAUCCUGAUUUGGAAACAGCAGAUUAUGCGUUCCCUCCCCCACGAACAGCUUUAUCACACUCAAAAAUGCUGGAUAAAGAAGUGCGAGCAAUCUUCCUUAGGCUAUUUGCACAACUUUUCCAAGGAUACCGGUCAUGUCUUCAGCUGAUCAGAAUUCAUGCUGAACCAGUAAUUCAUUUCCAUAAGGCAGCCUUCUUGGGGCAGCGAGGCUUAAUUGAGAAUGACUUUCUAACCAAAGUUCUCAAUGGAAUGGCAUUUGCUGGUUUUGUGUCAGAGAGGGGUCCUCCUUUCAGAGCCUGUGAUCUUUUUGAUGAGUUGGUAGCCUUUGAAGUCGAAAGAAUUAAAGCUGAGGAGGGUAAUCCACCAAAAAUGAUAAAACAUGUUAGAGAACUUGCAGAACAGCUCUUCAAAAAUGAGAAUCCCAAUCCCCACAUAGCAUUCCAGAAAGUGCCACGGCCCACGGAGGGCUCCCACUUGCGGGUUCAUAUCCUCCCUUUCCCCCGGAUCAAUGAGUGCCGGGUGCAGGAGCUCCUCCAGGAAGGCCUCGCAAGGAGUCAGGGUGCCCCCCCUGCCACCCGGGGGGAUAAGAAGUGUGUCGUUCCAGCGGGUCCCCCUGUUGUUUCCAUAAUGGAAAAAGGAAGCACAGUUUUCAACAGUGCCCAAAGGCUGGAAGUUGUUAGAAACUGCAUCUCGUUCAUUUUUGAAAACAAAUUUUUGGAGACCGAAAAGACACUGCCUGCAGCUCUGAGAGCCCUAAAAGGAAAGGCAGCUCGGCACUGCCUGACACAGGAACUAGGCCUGCAUGUUAAACAGAAUCGAGCAAUACUGGACCAUCAGCAGUUUGACUACAUUGUGCGAAUGAUGAACUGUGCUUUGCAGGAUUGUUCAUCUUCGGAAGAAUACAGCAUUGCUGCAGCAUUGCUGCCCCUGACGGCUGCUUUUUAUAGGAAAUUAGCACCUGGAGUUAGUCAGUUUGCUUACACCUGUGUACAAGACCAUCCUAUCUGGACUAACCAGCAGUUUUGGGAAACAACCUUUUACAGCAACGUGCAAAAUCAAGUUCGCUCCCUCUACCUUACAGCCAAAGAUGACAACCAUGCAGUACAGUUGAGACAAAAGGAGAAAAAUUCUGUAGGUCCAGACCAGGAUAAGACAGCAAUGGACCUGGCUGCUGAGCAGUUGCGAUUAUGGCCAACUCUUAAUAAACAAACACAGCAGGAGCUAGUCCAGAAUGAGGAAAGUACAGUCUUCAGUCAGGCAAUUCAUUUUGCUAACCUCAUGGUCUACCUGCUGGUACCGCUGGAUACGAGUAAGAACAAGUUAUUGAGAACAUCGGCUACUGGUGACUGGGAGAGUGGAAGCAACAGUAUUGUCACAAACAGUAUUGCAGGCAGUGUUGCAGAGAGUUAUGACACUGAAAGUGGAUUUGAGGACUCUGAGAACAAUGAUGUUGCAAACGCAGUUGUACGCUUCAUCACAAGAUUUAUUGACAAGGUUUGCACAGAGAGCGGAGUUACACAGGAUCACAUCAAGGGUCUUCAUUGCAUGAUACCAGGCAUUGUAGCAAUGCACAUAGAGACACUGGAGGCUGUCCAUCGUGAGAGUAGGCGGCUUCCACCAAUACAGAAGCCCAAAAUUCUACGACCAACUUUACUGCCAGGAGAAGAAUUUGUUUGUGAAGGUCUCCGUGUACUGCUGGAUCCUGAUGGCAGAGAGGAAGCUACAGGAGGACUGCUUGGAGGUCCUCACAUCCUCCCUGCUGAAGGAGCUUUGUUCCUUACCACUUACAGAAUUAUAUUUAAAGGCACUCCUCAUGAUCAACUGGUUGGAGAGCAGACAGUGAUCCGGAGCUUUCCUAUUGCAUCUGUUACAAAGGAGAAGAAGAUCACUAUACAGAACCAGCUGCAGCAGAGUAUGCAGGAAGGACUGCAGAUCACUUCAGCUACCUUUCAGUUAAUUAAAGUAGCAUUUGAUGAAGAAGUAAGUCCUGAAGUGGUGGAAAUAUUUAAGAAACAGUUAAUGAAGUUCCGUUAUCCUCAAUCUAUCUUCAGCACUUUUGCAUUUGCAGCUGGGCAAACAGCACCACAGAUAAUUUUACCAAAACAAAAAGAAAAGAACACUUCAUUCCGUACCUUCUCAAAAAGCAUUGUGAAAGGAGCAAAACGUGCUGGGAAGAUGACAAUUGGACGCCAAUAUUUAUUAAAGAAGAAGACAGGCACAAUAGUGGAAGAAAGAGUGAAUCGCCCAGGCUGGAAUGAAGAUGAUGAUAUCUCUGUUUCAGAUGACAGCGAGCUGCACACAAGUGGUACCCUAAAAGCAUCGGAAAAAUCAACAAUGGAGCAAUUAGUAGAAAGAGCCUGUUUCAGAGACUAUCAACGUUUGGGACUAGGGACCAUCAGUAGUAACUCUUCUCGCUCAAAAACAGAAUACUUAAGAAUAACUGCACUGAACAGGAUGUAUUCACUUUGCAGGAGUUAUCCUGGGCUUCUGGUAGUACCUCAGUCUGUUCAAGACAGCAGUCUGCAGAGAGUUGCUCGCUGUUACCGUCACAAUCGCCUACCAGUUGUCUGUUGGAAGAACACUAAAAACAGUACUCUUCUACUUAGAUCUGGGGGCUUUCAUGGAAAAGGUGUUGUUGGCCUCUUCAAAUCCCAAAACACACAUACUACAUCUCCUGCUUCCUUAGAAUCUUCAAGCAGUAUAGAACAAGAAAAAUACCUACAGGCCGUACUGAAUGUGAUAUCCGUCCACUGCAAAAUGAGUGGCAGUAAUACUCUCACUGUUAGACCAACAAUUGCUCUAUCUCCAGGUGUAUGGGCGAGUCUUCGUUCAAGCAACCGAUUUAUCAACACUCAGACUCCAUUCAUUGAUGUUGGUGCGAGACUUGCAGGGAAAGAUAACACCACUUCCUACAGUAGCAGCACUUUUCUGCAAAGUCAGCUUUUGAGACGGCAAGCAGCCCUCUAUAUAUUUGGAGAAAAAUCUCAGUUACGGGGAUUCAAACUUGAUUUUGCUUUGAAUUGUGAAUUUGUUCCUGUUGAAUUCAGUGACAUCCGACAGACAAAGGCAAGCUUUAAAAAGCUGAUGAGAGCUUGUGUUCCCAGCACUAUUCCUACGGAUUCUGAGGCAACAUUCCUUAAAGCACUUGGGGAGUCAGAGUGGUUCCCACAGCUUCACAGGAUAAUGCAGUUGGGCGUGAUCAUCUCUGAGCUCCUGGAAAAUGGUUCUUCUGUAUUGGUUUGUUUGGAAGAUGGCUGGGAUAUUACUGCACAAGUGGUAUCCCUGGUGCAGUUACUCAGUGAUCCCUUCUAUAGGACACUUGAAGGCUUCCGAAUGCUGGUGGAAAAAGAAUGGCUCUCUUUUGGUCAUAAAUUCAGUCAGCGUAGUAAUCUGACUCUCAAUUGUCAGGGUAGUGGAUUUGCUCCUGUUUUCUUACAGUUCUUAGACUGUGUGCAUCAGAUUCAUAACCAAUACCCAACAGAGUUUGAGUUCAAUCAAUAUUAUCUGAAGUUUCUGGCUUUUCAUCACAUAUCAAAUCGAUUUAAAACAUUUCUUCUGGAUUCGGACUACGAACGACUGGAACAUGGGACAUUGUUUGAAGAUAAAGGAGAUAAACAUGCCAAAAAAGGAAUUUGUAUUUGGGAAUGUAUUGAAAAGAUGCACAAAAGGAGCCCUAUUUUCUUCAAUUACCUCUAUGCCCCUGCUGAAAUAGAGGCAUUGAAACCAAAUGUAAAUAUCUCCAGCCUCAAGAAGUGGGAUUAUUAUGUAGAAGAGGUUUUGGCUACAGGUCCUUCCUAUGAUUGGACCAUGGUAAUGGCAAAAUGCAGUGUUUCAGAGGAAACUGACCAAACGGAUGGUUCGCUCUCUCAGACUAAGAGGAAAAUAGUAUGGCCAUGUUAUGACGAUGUUAAAAAAAUACAACCUGAUGCCAUCAGCAGCCUUUUAAAUGAAAUCGAAAGGUUGGAAAGUAAAUUAAAUCAGAGCCCAGAAAGGCAGCAGCUUUUGUGGAAAAAAGGCUACCUGGGAAAGCUCCGGAAACAUCCUUCUGGCUCCUCAGGGAUGAUGUCAGCUAAUCUACAUUCCUAUCAAAAGAGGUCUUUGUUGGAAAUACCUGACAGUGGGCUGGGUGAGGAACAGAGUGCAAGCAUCUCUCCCUCUAAUGGAGUAGACAGAAGAACAACUACGCUAUACAAUCAUUUCACAUCAAAGAAUGAUGAAAAUAGAUCUUUUGAAGGUACGCUAUACAAAAGAGGAGCUUUACUAAAAGGUUGGAAACCUCGCUGGUUUGUGCUGGAUGUGACAAAACACCAGCUGCGAUAUUAUGAUUCUGGCGAGGAUACAAGCUGUAAGGGACACAUAGACCUUGCAGAAGUAGAAACUGUGAUUCCUGCUUCUCCAACAAUUGGAGCCCCAAAACAUGCAAGUGAAAAGGCAUUUUUUGAUUUGAAGACAAAUAAACGUGUAUAUAACUUUUGUGCCCAAGAUGCACAGAGUGCUCAACAAUGGAUGGAUAGGAUCCAGAGUUGCAUUUCAGAUGCUUAGAAAGAAAAAACGUUCCAUAAUAAAGACACGUUUAAAGCACCUCUUCCUGUAAGAAGCUAAGUUCUGAAAUGUUACUGACAGACAACCAGCCUUCCUUACAUUUCAGCCAUAAAAGUUCAUAAUAUGCUAAAGUUCCUUUUCUGUUUAAUAAUUAUAACCACUGUAACUGCUAUUUUUUCUGCAGGGAGGACUUUGAAAAAUAAUAAUCCAUUUAUCCUGAAUUUUCACUUUCUUCAGUACAAUUCCUAGCUAUAAAGUGGGCUGUAUUUGCACUAUCAUCUAAGCCUGGUUUUCUCAUUUCAGAGCUACUCUGUUAGGAAACCUGUC